AUGGAUGGAGAUUCAAAAGGAGACAGGAGUGAAAAAAAUGCUCCUGGUAAUAUGAAAGAUGAAGGAACAACAGAGGGAGAAGCAUGUGAAGAAAGAGAUGGGACCGAUCCUAAAGUUUUGGCAAGCGAGGAGAAAGCUUGUAUUUUCAAGAAAGAUGCAGCAUGCCAAACUCUGGAUAAAAACGACGCGGUUGCUACUGGCCAUGAAAUGGAAAGUAAAGAAGGUGAAGGAGGAACUCAUUCGGAGGAAUGCCCACCUAGACCUGAAGAAGCAAACCCAACAAUUCAACCCUCUCUUGAGUCAGGUGAAGAAGGUGAGAGCUUAGAGAGAAAUAAGGACGACAAAAACUCGGAGAAACCCAGUAGCGAGAACAUAGUUGAUUUUUCGGGAGAUGAAAACCAUACUGACUCCUGCGAUGCACAAUCCCGAACAGCAGACAAUGCUGUGGACGAUUGGUUAGAAUUGCAACGAAGCAAAUCUCCAGUUGACGACAAAGAUCUCAUAAGGCAGCUGGAUACAAGCAACAAAAUGCUACAUGAUAAAUUCAGUUUGCUUUGUGAACUAGUAGGGAAAGAAUUUGUCGAAGAAAUUCCAGAACUUACGAACGGGAAAGUAGAAGGUAAAGAUCUAUUACAAAAUAUGAAUGAUCUGUACGUGGAGAACGAACAACUUACAGAUGAACUGAAACAAGUCGAUGUUCAGAUAAGAGAACUUGCUGCAACAGGAAGUGAUUGGUCAGCAGAUCUUAACAAGCAACUGGAAAACGAGGAAAUUGAGGUGUUGCGCUCACUGGGAGAAAUUGAAAAAUGUUUAAGAAGGAAUGAUGAUAGAGAGCUAACCGAGCAUCUUCUGAAAGAAAAAGAGAACGUCUGUACAAAACUUGAUGAGAUUAGCAAUCUGUUAAAUGAACAGAAAGAAGCAAUGGUGGAGUUAGGAAGCAAAGAGGACAAGACGAUCUCUGGUCUCAUGUGUAAGAUGGAUGUUUUAAAAGAUGAUCUUAAUGAGAAAGCACAACAACUUAAAUAUAAAAGCAAGAUGCUAGAGGCAGCAAAGAAGGCGUCGGAAGAGGAAAACGAAGGCUGUGAGAAAUCUUUGACUAGUUUGAAACUUCAGCUCGCAGCUUUAGAGGAAGGCAUUCCCAAAACCAAGAACAAUGGGUAUCCUGAAGGACAGAGUAAUGACGAAUUUCCGACUGAAAUGAUGUCACUUGUUAGAAGUAAUGCAGACGCAGAAAAGAAGAGAGAAAAGCUUGAGAAGGAAAUAAAAAGGACAGAAAAUGAGAUUGAGAGAUGUGGCAGAAUGCUAGGAAAGAGGGUCAACAGAUUGAGGCCCUUUAAGAGAAAACUAGCACGAAUCAGGAACUCUCUUGAUUUAAUGGGCUUGCUACCAGGUAACGAGAGCGAAGACGUACCUAAAGAUCCGACGGAUCAUGUCGAUGACCUUGUACACAUUGACUCUAAGCACCUUUUGGUGGAUGAGAAACGACUUUUCGAUGAAGCCGAAGGUAUUAGAGAAAAGGAGGUAGAAAUAAAGACAGAGAGUGAAGAACUGGACUUGGCAAAUAAUAAAAUUGACUUGCCAUAUGAGCUUAAACAGGAACUUACCGAUAAUAUCACGACAGCUGAGAAAGUGGGCGUCGCUCAACGCUAUAAGGUCGCAGCUGAAGAGGAAUUGCAAUGCCUGAAAGAAAAAAUCAAUGAAGAAGAAAGUAAACUGAGAGAGGCGGGCUUCAGCGAUCCAAUACAAAUUAUUCAGGCUUUGGAGGAAAAAGAAAAGUUAUCAAGAGAGAAAGUCAAGCUGGAUCAAUUGCUUAAGAAUAACUCAAUUCGUGUGGAUGAACACAACCCCGAAGUUAAACAGCUAGAGGUCCUCCUGUUGAAGAGAGAAAGUCUGAUGGAAAAGAUUCAUGCUCUAGAUGGUGAUAUUUUUCAAGAACAGCAAAAUUUCAUUAAUGCAAUGCAGUUCAAGAAGAAUGGGAAGAUAAAUAGAGAAUCAGACUCUAAUAUCAAGGGGCUUAUAGAGAGAAAAGAAAAUUCAAUUUCAGAACUAAAGGGUACCAAUGAGAAGAUAUUGCAGAGUCUCAGCACAGGCGGUCUAAGAGGACCACAAUCAGAAUUCAUAGAAGAGCUUGUUGAAAAAAAGGUUAAACUUGAAGACGAGAUAGAUAAACUUCAAGAUGCGAUAGACAAUGAAACAGCACGGGCAUCUGAGAUGUUGGUUGAUCUUCUUAAACAGAAAGCUGGAGUUGCCAGAGAUUUGAGAAUUGAUACAGAACAUGCUACGGACGUGGUACAGGGGUUACAAGAAAUAAUUGCUGAUCAUACCAACAAAAAAAAUGACGAGAGUAUUUCUGACGAAAUCCAAACAUUCGUUAUGGAAGCACGUUUAAUUCUUAGUGCAGAGGCAACACCGAUGGUCAAUGAGGAGAGAGAGGAACUGUGCCAAAAACAACAAUUGAUGGAAAACCUUGUCAAAGGAGAAGCUGAAAACCUUACAGAGGCAAAACGAAAGAGGCAAGAUCUUACUGAGAUCGAACAUGCUCUUAAACAUAUAAUUGAAGAGAAGUUACCUGUAGAUUCACGACUUAUAGGGAUGGAUGAGCUCGAUGCUAAAGAGGAUAGAUUUAAGUUACCUUCUAAACUGAGAAAACAGAAUGAGAAACAAGCAGAUGCUGAACAGCGAGCAAAAUGCCGAGAUGAUGAUAGCAACACUUCAAGGCUGCUGACCAUUGAUGAUGCACUGUUAGAAAAACCCAUUCAAGAGACCCAUGAAGGGCAGAACGAAAGAGGUGAAACAGAAGUACCUUUGUCUACAGUUGGUGAGAAAUGCGAGAAAGAGAUGGGCACUGGUAAAAUAGAACUGGGUGAAGAAAUCGAGGAAAAGCGAAGAGAACUAGAAGAAAGCCUCUCUCAAAUAGACAAUCGCCUCGAAGUCAUAUUGCUAGGUUGUGACCCUUCAAAUGAGCCCAAAACGGUUGCUCUUGAAGGAAUAACAACUCUGAUUGCCAAAAAGGCUAAGCUACAAGAAGACCUUCAACAAACUCAACGUUUUGAAGAUUUCCUGAAGCAAAUGGAAUUUUCCUCUGGGGAACAGUGCUCUGGCCCUGAAACAAACAAAGACCGCCAUCAAAGAAAAAUACAGCUUGAAAGCGAUCUUAAAAAGCUGAAUGAUAUGAUUGAUCGUAGAGAAAGGAAAAUUGAAAAGAUAGAAGCGAAAAAAGACUCUAAGGAGGAACAAUUGAAGAAAUUAAGGCUCGAAAUAGGGAAAUCAGAUGAAAUAAUGAAACCUUUGAAGGAAAGGCUUAGAACUGCAAAGACAGAAGUAGAAGCUGCUUUAGAGGAAAUGCAAGCUAACAUAAGUGAACAAGAGAAGCUCUCUGGCGAAGAACAGGUGGCACUACACCAAGAAUUGGACGUUUUACAGAAUGAGAUCGAACAAGGCAACCAGAAGUUACAAGAAGUAGAGGGACAAUUAGAUUUUCUCAAGAAAGAGGUCAAUGAAAGUAAUGAUUCCAUUCACGCGGACAUUCUUGACCUUAAAAAGUUGCUAGUUGAAAAAGAGGAUUUAAGAGAUUAUUUGGCCGAAAUCGAUAGAGCUCUUGAAAAUGACUACGAGAGCGAUUCGGAUGAACAGGAACGCCCAACCGAUAUUGAGGAACUUCGCGAAAAAAGAAAGGAACAAAAACGCCAUUUGGAUGAUUUGCAAAACAAAAAGGCAAAUUUACACGUAGAAUUCGAAGACGAGGAAAUGAACGAAGUCAUGGAAGAUUUAAAACAGCAAAGGAGGGAACUUGAAGAACGAAAAGAGCAAAUCUCUGACAAAAUACGCGGAUCAGGAAUAUUGAGCAAAUUAGCUGAAAAACUAGGGAAAAAUAGGAACUCAAUACCGCGCUAUUACAAUCACGAUAUUUUGGAAGAAAUGGCAAGAGAUGAAAAGACGCUAACAGAGCUGAUGAAAGAACGGCAGGAUUCAAAACUGGCUGCUCAAAGACAUAGCGAGAAUUUGAAAAAUAUGAUGGAUUUGCUGAGUUCUAAAAUUGGUGAAAAUCUUGUCAAUUCCCUCGCAACAGUUGAUCUUGAAGGAUACAAGCCGGAGGAUGAAAAUCAACACCAAGCAGUGAUCGACGAGAUGCAAGCUAACGGGGUAACAAUCAGUGACAUACUCACUGAUAUGAACGAAGAAAAUCAACAACUCAGCGAUAUGAAUGGCGAACUUAAUUCAGAUUUGGAAACACUUAAAGAUAUGAUUGGCGAGGAGCUACUCGAUGUAUUGUUAAGUGAAAGACUACCAAGUGAAGCGGCAGAAUUUGAAGACGUUGUUGACGCGGUGCGGAACCGAGGAGAGACUUUGGAAAGUAUAUUGCGCGAUCAGAGAGGCAAAGAAGAAUUAGUUAGGGACAUGCUUGGUAACGACCUGUUACGUGAUAUCUUGAGCAUGGAAGACAAACCACACAUUAGACAGAGACCCAAUCCUCAUUCGCACAUUUCAGCUAUUACAAUCAUGAGAAAUUAUGGCGAGGAUCUUGAAAAUGUAAUCGGGGUGUACGAAAAAGAGCUGGAUAAUCUAUCCCAAGAAAAUAGCUUACUGAAGGAGAGACUUGGAAAAGAUCUUUCUAGAGCUCUCCUGCAAAUGGGUAAAACAAGUGAGACGCCUAUUAGUAUCAAAGAUACCGAACAGGAAAUGCCACCUGGGGUUCAAGACGUGAAAAGUGCGAGAGGGGAAGAGCUUGAACAGAAGACAUUGGUUGUAGAAAGUGAGUAUAGUAGUCUGGAAGAUGCAGAUACUGAUAUCACUGCUCUUGAAGAUACCGAAAGUGAAAUCAGAAAGAAAGGAAAAAAGAGAAGAAGAAGGAAGACGAAAGGGAAAGCUGGAUUUCAUGGUGCUCCUAAAAACGAGACUCUAGAAAAUAAAGACCCCAAGAGUCAAACAAAUGCAAGCUUUUCUGAGGAAAUCCUGAAUGGAGAUAAAUAUAUAUUGGAAGAUACAGAACAAGAUAAAAGAUCAAGUAUUGAGCCAAAUGAUUUACCACCAGUACUAGAUAACAUUUUUGCAUCGCUUUUCGAUUCUUCAGCCGAUAGACACGUUCUUGAUUUGGCUUUCGAGGAAGAAGAAAUAAUAGAACAACCACUCAAUGCACCGCUUAUAAUGAGAGCUAGUGGGAAAACACUCGAAGACGUCAUAGCUCAGUACGAAAGAACUCUUGAAAAACCAGUAGAGGAAAUAGGAGAGCAUGAAGCGAGGAUGGGAGCAGAAACGCCAACAAGAGUGAAUGAAGCCAGAAUAGAAGAGUCAGACGACAUUAGUGUGACGAACGAAACAGUGGAGGGUAUCGUUGACGCUCAGAAGAAAAACAUGGAAAUGCUAAAUAUCCUGAGGGAAAGACUUGGAACAGAUCUUGUUAAUGCCUUGAUAGAUGAUAAAGAAGGAGAUCACCUGGACGAUCUUAUGAACGAUGAAGUUGAAGUAAACAACAUUGAGAUGCAUCAACAACAAUCUGAAAUCACCGACCAACAACAAGACGACAGAAAGCCUCAAAGCGACGAAGCAGUAUUCUUACAAGAGGAAAGAAUCACGGACGUAAAGGGUGACAAGGGAAUCGCAUCACAGAAAAACCAACCAGGGGAUGAUACCUCAAACAAGAAGGUUCUGAGGGCACCUAAUAUUGCACUGGAGAGUCAGAAAACUCUUGCUGAUGUUAUAGCAUCUUAUGAAGAUGGACUGGACUCUUUGCGGUCUAAACUAGGACCAUCCUUGACAAACACUUUACUAGGUUUGGAAACACUGAGUACUAAGGAAAGAGGCGAGAGAGGCGACCAAGAAGGGGCGAAAGUACCUCAAAUAGGUCUUGCAUAUGAAGAAAUGGACAAAGAGAGAGAAGACAAACCACAGGACGAAGACCUUCCAAAAGAAAACGAUAUCGCACUAUCGGGCAGAGGACCUGUACUAUUUAGCACUGAGGGAGUAAACAGUCUGGAAAAAGAAUUACGAGCACCUGAGCUAAUGGCAACGAGUGGAAAGACUCUUGAAGAGGUAAUAGAAGACUACGAAGACAGAAUUAAUGAAGAAAUUAACGAACUUCAGGGCCUAGUUAGCCUGUUGAAAGAAAAACUUGGCAACGACCUUUAUCAUACUCUAGUUCCGCAUUCGGGUUUCAGGGAUGAAGAGUCCUCAGGAAAAGACGAAACAGAUCAAGGAUUCCCGUACGAACGCGAUCCAAAAUCCCUUGAAAUAAAAAGUGGUGAAUGUGAAUAUGAUUUAAAAUCAAAAUCUUUGCUACAGGACGACGGUGAAACCGUGGAGAAUAUCUUAAGAAAGUACGAAAAACAGAUAGACGAACUUUCGAACCUAGUUACUGAUGAGAAUGAUGAGGGUGUCUCAAUUUUACCAGUGAUAUCAAAUGACGAAGACAGGAUGUCAGAUCUGGAAAAAGAAAACAAGGCAUUUGCAGAUCGCUUUGCUGGUCUAGAGAAAGUGAUAGGGAGAAAUCUUCUGCACAAGUUGGAAAAUUUGGAAAACGAAGAUUGUCAAAAGAAAGAGGAAGUUGCUGAAAUAGGUCUGGAAGAUGACAUUAAGGCACCAAUAAUGAUGCAAAAGAAUGAUCAAACGCUUGAGAAGAUAGUAAAAAAUUACGAGAAGGAACUGGAAGCUUUGAGAAAACUAUAUUCAAACCAAGGCGAGGAUACUUGUGUGGAAGACAUUGUAAGAGACUAUGAAGAAAAAAUCGAUGAUCUUAAAAGCAAAAACAAGGAUGUCCACGAUAAUUACGACAUACUGGCUAACAGAGUUGGUACUGACCUAGUACAAGAUAUUUUGGCCUCAUUGCCUGAUGAGAAUCUUAAAUCCGAGAACGAAAUGGUUAAAGGAAACAACGCCAGUCAACUAAAUGCACCACUUAUCAUGAAAAGAGAUGUCGAUUCAUCUCUACAGGACGUUUUGGAAUUAUACGAGAAAGCUUUAGGACUCUUUCCGAGCUAUCCAAAUGACGAGAACUUUGUUAAUGUCAAGAUGCGUACAUUCGAUGACCUUAAAAGAGAAAAUGAGAUUUUAAAAAGAGCAAUCGGAGAUCAGGAGGCCACGGACCUGAGCCUUACGGCCAAAGAAGAAACUCAAGCUACACCUAUCACGAAACUUAAGCCCGAAUCUUCGAAAACCAUAGACCGCUCAAGUAAGGAUGGUUGGAAUGACAAAUUCGUUUCUCUUGAAGAAGAGAGAUCUCAAGUUCCUAAACUUAUGCAAGACGAAGAUCCAACAAUCACAAAUGUCUUAAAUGAGAAAGAGAAAGAGGUGGAAACAGUGCAAAAACUACCUACUGGUGAGACAGAGGAGAGAGUCUCAAUAAGGGAGCCGAUGAAGGACCUCGAGGAUAGCAAUAAAGAAUUGGAAAACGAGAAGAGAAAGCUUCUAGAGAUGUUGCAUCACCUCGAAAAUCAAAUCGGACCUAACCUAACGGAUGACCUACAAAAUAUAAAUAAAAGUGACAAAGAGUCUGAUGGGACUGAUCUCGAUGGCACGAAGCGUUCGCGUUUAGAGGCCCCUAUUGUCAUGAAAGGUGAGAACAGAACAUUGGAAGACGUCCUGAGAAAUUACGAGAAAGAAUUAGAAGUCCUCCGAAAAAUGGUCCCAGACCAAGGAGGGGAGGGGGGUACCAUAUCAGGUAUCGUGAAAGACUAUGAGGACAAACUUGAAAGCCUCGCCAAUAGAAACAAUACUCUCAAGGAUAGGUUGCGAGAACUUCGGGGAAAAAUUGGUGAUGAACUAUUUGAAGACCUUCAACCAGAGGUUCACAACCUUGAAGGAAUGGACGAGGGAGAGACCACCGAGAAAGAGGAAAAUGAUCAGAUGAAGACAAAGAGAGCCCUGAAGGCCAUUGAAAUAUUGAAUGAAUCUCAAAAGCCGUUAGAAGAUAUUGUGGCAAGGUAUGAAAAAGGUCUUGAGGAACUUAUAAGAGAAAACAAAGUAUAUAGGGAUGGUAUCGGUAAAGAUUUGGCGGAGGCUUUAUUGGUAAUGGCAGAAGAGGAGGACUGUCUUUCGUGUAAUAAAUUUGAUGCAAACGAACUGGAAGCUCGUUUUCCUCCAACUGAAGAUUUGUCAAACAAACGUAGGCCCACUAGUGAAAAUCAAGAUGUGAGAAAGAAAACGGAUACAUACACAAAGGACACACACCAGCCAUUACGAAGCGAACUUGACAAAGAUGAUACAAAAACAGGGUCGGAUGAUUUAAAAGCUAUUUCUCUUCUCAGAGAUGAAGGAUUGAAUCUUGAAGCCAUUUUAAAAAGAUACGAAAAAGAAUUGGAUGCAAUCGGACAAAUUACUAUCGGAGAAAACGAAGAUGACGUUAACGUGGCUGACCUAAUUGCAAAUUUCCAAAAUACCAUCGAAAAAUUAGAAGACAAAGAAAAGAUCUUAAUGAAAAAGUUGCAGCAUUUCGAAGACACGGUCGGUGCAGACCUUUAUUCCUCGUUGGACAGUUUUAAGAAGGAAAGAGAAAAAGACGAUCAGAAAGAUGAUUCUUGCGAUGAGGAAAUGGACAUUAGCGUUAUUAAUCUGAUGAAAUGUGAGGGGAAAAACUUAGAAGACGUCAUAAAAAACUACGAAAAAGAGCUGUUGGCAUUAAGGAAGCUGAUGCCUGGUGAAGAUAAUGAAAUAGCUGACAUUGUCAAAGAGUACGAAGGGAAAAUCAAAGACCUACAGGGAAAAAACAAGGAUCUGACACAUAUCCUUGAUAAUCUUGAAGACAAUAUCGGAAGCAGUCUUUUUGAAGACCUUAAAGGAGCAAAGAGGCCUUUAGAUGGUACAGAAAAGACAAGUAAGGAGCAAGAAAGUCCCAAGAAGCUGCAGACAAAGAAUAGGAGGGUAUUCCCCUUGGAAAAGCAGUUAGAGUUUUAUGAACGAGAUCUGGAUGAAAAGGAAAACGAAAAUAAAACUUUGAAGGCCUCUGUUGGGCCAAGGCUGGCCAAUUUUCUGUUAAAUUUAGCGGCAGAAAAGAAGACACCAUUGUUAAUUGAUUCAGAAGAGCAAUGUGCGGUCGACAGUAUAGACAGCAAAGAGCCAUUUACUUCGAUGUCACUGGAAAAAGGAUCAGACCGGGUGCUUCAGUCAUUUGACAACAAUAACAACGAUAAAGAGGACGUUAGCUCAAUUCCUGGCUCUGAUUAUCUGAAAGCUCAGUCACUCAUAAGAGAUGAAGGCAAGACUAUAGAAGAUGUAUUGGGAAAGUACGAAAAGGAGCUGGGAACAGUAUCAAAAAAACUAUCCUCUGACGAGGGAGUAUCGUUUCUUGACGUGGCCACAGACUGUGAAGAAAAGAUCACUAAACUGGAAAAAGAAAAUGACCACUUGUUAAGCAGGCUGAAGGACAUAGAGCUGAGAAUCGGAACCGCUCUUUUAGAUAAAAUAGAGGGGGGUGAGCAAGAGAAAGACUCAGUUCUUCAAAAUGAAAAAAAUGAAGACGAUGAUAUGGCGAAUACUUUAAAGGCUCCAGAGAUUAUGCAGAGUGAGGGAAAAACUCUAGAAAAUGUAAUUAACAGGUAUGAAAAGGAGCUCACUGCCCUAAGGAGUCUCGUACCAAGUGACGGAGAGGAAGUAGGUUCUAUAGCCGACAUCAUUAAAUCCUACGAAGAUAAGGUUGACCAGCUAAGAGCAGAAAGUGAGAGGCAGAGACUUGACUCAGACAGACUGAUUCAACGGAUUGGGCCCAAACUUGUUGGAGAUAUUAAAAAACUGAACGAAAUUAGUAGUGAGGAAACCGAUGGUGCCAUGCAAGACGAUAAGAGCUCAGAACUCAGGUCAGAAAAACAAGACAAAGAUCUAAAGGUAACCAAGAUCAUGGAUGUAAAGAAGUCAACUUUGGAAGAUGUUUUAGAAACCUACGAGAGUGCCCUUGGAGCUCUCUUAAGUGAUGCCUUACCAUUCUCCGAUGAAUUAAACGUAGGGAAUAUCAUGGCUGAUUACAACAGCCCCAUCGAGAAAUUAAAGGAAGAAAACGAAAUUCUGAAAUGUCGCAUCGGUCCAACUCUGUCAAAACGACUAUUAGAUAUCACAAAGGAUGAUUACAGUGGUGCUCGCAAUAAUGAACACGAAGACGGAGAAACUGUGGAAACAAAAGACCCCUCUGUAGACAAGAACAGAUUUUCGAAGAGCUCAAAAUAUCAAAGGAAGCCUCAAAGUAAUGUUUUGUCGUCAGAAGAACUAAAAGCUGAAAUUUUCAUUGAGGAGGAAGGACAAACGAUAGAAGACAUCUUGAAAAAUUACGAGAAGGAGCUAAAAGUUCUGAAGUCCCUUGUUCCCGUCCAACCGGGCAAAUCAGUUGAAGACCUUGAAAAUCCAGUGCUGAAGGUGGAGAAGGGAGAAAAAGAUUUAAAAGCUCCCUUGAUAAUGCAGGAAGAGGGCAAAUCUUUAGAGAACAUCUUGAGAAAAUAUGAAAGAGAACUGAGAGCGUUCCGAGAAGCUGAUCCAGGUCAAGAGGAAAACACGCCCACGAUUACGAGUAUAGUCAAUGAAUAUGAAGACAAAAUUGAAGAAUUGAAAACCCAGUAUGAAAGUUUGAAGGAAGAAUUCAGCUCUCUUAAAGAAAGCAUUGGUCUGGAACUUGCAAAGGACGUCAUGUCAGUGAAGGUUGAAUUAAACGCCCCCGAGGAAGGGCACAGAUCAAUCAAAACACCAAAGUAUAAAGCUACGAAAAUCAUGCAAGAAAAGGAAACAACCUUAGAAGAUGUUCUGGAGUCUUACGAAGCAAUGUUAACUACAAAAUCUGGUGAUGUUGAAUUUUCAAGCGCUGAACAAUGGGAAAUUUUGAGAGAAAAAGUUGGAUCUGAGCUCGUAAACGAAUUGUUGCUUCCUCCAAAAGAGACUUUGGGAAUUAAACAAAAGUGGAGAGCAGUCAUAAGAUUAAAGGAAGAGAACACAACCCUUGCAGAUAUUUUAGAGACCUAUGAAUUGGAGCUGCAGAGAUUAACCAGAGAAAAGAAUGCGAUUGAGGCGCUAGUCAAAGACGAUGAAAAUAAUGGUCAAUCUGCUCUCGACGUAAUUUCACAAUAUGAAGAUGAAAUUGAACAUUUAAAGAACAAGAAUAUAGAAAUGGAAAAUAAAUUGUCCACAUUGAUCGCAAGAAUGGGAGAUAAUUUGGUCAACGACAUUCUCAGAUUGAGCUUUAAGGAGGAAACGAAGUUAAAGCCGUCAAUAAAAGCACUCAAGAUGAUGGAAGAUGAAGAAAAGCAACUUUCAACCAUUAUGCAGGAAUACGAAAAUGAGAUUGGAAAAUUGUCAAGAGAGAAUGAAACUCUCAAGACGAUCGCCAACACAGAACAUGGGAUUGACAAUGGUGAUUCGAUAACAAAUCUUGUCACAAAUUACGAAAUGAAAAUUCAAGAACUUGUCCAAGAAAAACAGGAUAUUGAAACGAACCUUGGUGUGUUAGCUGAUGGGGUAGGACGAGACGUGGCGAACGAAAUCUUAAACCCUAGUGAAACAGAAGAAAUAUUACCUCUAAAUGCUCUUAGAAUAAUGAAUAACGAGCAAAAAACCCUGGCUGAGGUUACAAAACAAUACGAAAACAGACUCGAGAGUAUGAAGAGAGAAAUUUCUGCCAUGCGUAAUCUUGUUUCCGAGGACACAGAAAAGUUAUCACUUGCAGACAAGAUAUCAGAAUAUGAAGAUGAGAUUUCAAACUUGAAAAACAAAGUUCGAGAACAAACUCUGUUGGAAAAGAGGAUCGGGAUGGACUUGGUGCAACAGCUUAAAACACUCGGCAAAAAUAGAGCUGAAGGGAUCGUCCUCAGGGCAGUGGAGGUCAUGGAGAGAAAAAACGAUACCGCCCUCGAGGAUAUUUUAAAAGACUACGAAAACGAACUAAAGGAGAAGGAUCACGAAAUCUUAACGCUUAAGGAACUGGUGUCCGGUGACAUACUAUCGAUUGCUACAUCCCAAGAAAGUGAAAUAGAUGAACUCAAGACCGUGAAAAAGAUCCUUGCCAAUGAGCUUGACGUGAUAUCUGAUAAAGUUGGUAGGGAACUCGUUAAUGAAAUAUUGAACACAUCGAAUAAAACACCGACAUCGCAAAGCAACCACGUUUACCAUAAUGCAGUCCGACGAAUGGAAGAUGAAGGAAAGUCACUCGCAGAUGUUUUAGACGAAUACGAAAAGGAAAUCGAAGCAAAGCAUAAUGAAAACGAGGAGCUCACCAAGAAAGAAGGUACACUUACAAAACUCUACCAUCAAGUCGGGAGCGAUCUCUUUAAUGAGAUUUUGAUGGACAAUCUCUCCGAGAGCUCUUGCACCGACAAACAGCCUCUUUUUGAAGCCUCGGCAUUGAUGGCGGAGAAAGAGGAGACCUUGGGAGAGGUUAUUCUCGGUUAUGAAAGAGAGUUAGACAAAGUUAAAAGGGAAAACGGUGCCCUUCGUGCAUUGACAGAGACGGAAGGUUUGGCCAAUAGUUCAGCCACUGAAUGUUUUUCAGAAUAUGAGGAGAAAAUUCAAAAACUAAGCACUGAAAAUCUGGAGUCCAACAAAAGGCUGCAAAAACUAACUCUCACGGUGGGAGUGGAAUUGGCUGAAGAGUUGCUGAAGUUACCGCACGGAGUAAAAAAAGGUUCCCAGGAUCCUAUUAAUGACUUGCAGGCGUUGAGAACUGUCAAGGAAAAUCAAGUCACAUUAGCUAAUGUUCUGCAAAACUACGAAAAUAGACUAAAAGAAGACGAAAAUGUUGGCACUGGUCCAUUGGUGUUCAGAACGGCUCUGACAGAGGAAGUAAAAUUUGCUCAGAUAGUUCGUGUUGACGAAAAGGAGCCAAUAAUUACCAUUUCAGAAGGUGAAAGAAACCCAAAAUCUCCGUACCUGAAAGCUGAGGAAACGUUCACCUUGGAGAAGGGAACAGAACGCGAGGAAAUUCAAUCAAGCGACCAAAACCAGAUUCUAGUAGUCGUUAGUGAGAACGAAGCUUUACGCGUCAAAUUGAGACGGCUAUCUAAGAGAGUGGGAGCAGAACUUGCGGAGGAACUGAUGAGGUCACAAGAAGACGAAAGUAACGAUAUGAACGCCGCAGUGACUUUUGCUUCUGUUAUGGAGCUUGAUGCCUUUGAUGACGUUGUCACAGAGAGAGCGACAUUAGCCCAGGUGUUGGAAAGCUAUGAAAUGCAAUUGAAAAAAUCACGUCAGGUCGAAGUAGGCGAUUUGAGUGGGCCCGUGGUCGAAAGUCACAUUUCUACCGAGGAUGUAACACGUGUUAACUCGAAGCCCACUGACCAAAGCGCGAAUGCUAAUUUAACUAUGCCAAGCGGUCGACUUUUAGAGGAAGUCUGUGAAAUUAAUGACCACGACGAUUUUAACCAUUACGAGGUUCCCGAUCGUGAUGGUGCAAACUCGGUAGCAAGUGAAGAGAAAACAAGCGCUAGUGAUCAACAAAAGGACACGGACAAUCGUGAAACGGCAGAUUUGUGUGAUAUGGAUAUCAGUGCGCUAGAAAACCUUAUUCCGAAGGAACCAAAAAUCAUGAUACCCAACGAAGAAUCUCUGCUACCAUUACAAGUUCAAGAAGUCAUAAACGAGGAAAUCGUAAGCGUGGAGAGAUCAAGGCAAGUGGAGCAUUUCAAUCUCGAGUACAUGGAUGAAAUAUUUAGUGAUAGUUUACCCGAGAAAAAUAAAGCCGUUCAGAGUGAAGCUCCAAUCUCAAAUUGGUCUGAAAAGUAUUUAGCAGAAGCAAAAGCAGCCACAGAAAGUGGAAAUGAAGAAGACGAUUUAGAUUGUUUGCAAAGUAGAAUAAAGGAGUUGGGGAGAGAGCUUGAGGAAGUAACUAUUUUAAAAGAGAAAUACGAAAAAGAUGUCCAAGAUUUGCUUCAAGACAUUGUUGAUCUGAAAAUGAAGCAGGUAGGCGAUGACGAAGGUGAAACGCCAGAGGAGACACGGAAAAGGAUUAAAGAAGAAAUCGAGUUGAAGCAGGACAACAAACAACUUCAAGAAGACUUAAAAAGGGAAAAGAAGAGAAGAUUGUCCAUUGAAGAAAGCAAAAGGGAUUUGCUUGAUGAGCUUAACAGCUUGAUUAGAGAGAAGGAACUUCUCCUUAAACAACAGAGUGAUGACAAAGAAAACGGAAAACUAUUAGAAGAUAUGAUCAGCUUAAGGAAGAAGCUCGGAGAAUUCGACACAGAAAACAAGCGUUUAAAGAAAGAAGUUAAAGAACUAAAAGAAGCAUUAAGCGAGGUAAUUGUCACUCACGAUGAAGAAAAAGAGAGAGUGUUGGAAGAGUGUGAAAAAGAGAAGUCAGAGAUGAUGGAAGAGCUGGUGGCCUCUAAACGUGAGCUCGAGUCCCAGCUUCAAGAGUUGUUUGCCAUGAAUGAUGAUCUUAAAGGAACUAUUAGCAACCUUCAAGAGGAACUGAAAGAAUCAAGUGAAAGGUUCUCCACAGAAAUUGAUGUUCCAAACGAAAAUAUCGAAAGUGGAACCUCAAAAGGUAUCAGUCAUGAGGACAAUGGCUUGUUAUCACAAACAUUAAAACAAGAAGGGGGAGAUCAGGAAACAAAACAAGGAAAGAGUCCAUCAACGGAGUUACAAAAUCUCGCAGAACAAUGGAAGACAGAAAGAGAUGAACUGCAAGAAAUGUUCAAGGUAGAAAAAGAAAGGCUACAAAAAACGUUUGAUGAUGAAUUGAAGAGAAAGCUAGCUGAAAAUGACGAGCAACACAAACAGAGAAAUGAAGAAAUGGCAACGGAAAUAAAUCGAAAGUUUUCUAUAGAGAAAAAGGAAAUUAAGGCGUCUGUUGAGAAGAAGAUAUACGAACAAUUUCUUGAAAAAAAUAUAGCAGCAGAAACCGACUUCCAUGAAAUUCUUUCUAAAAUCUUACAAGAACACUCUAAAGAAAUAGAAAACGUUGAGAUUGAUAUACUGAAAGCAGAGGAAAGAUUCCAGGAAGAUAAAAAUAAAUUGUUAGAACAAAACGAUAGUGAAAAAGAAGCCCUGAAGAAGAUGCACGAGGAAGAAAAGAAGGCUCUUGAAUCAACUAUUCAAAACCUUCUUAAAGAGGUAGUGAAAUUGAAACAGCAAAGAAAAGAAAUUAGACUGAUACACAAGAAAGAGAAAGAAACUAUGGAAGAAAUUUACGAACGGGAUAGGAUAAAGCUCAAGGAAGACUGGGAACUGUACAAAAGAGACUUAUUGAGCAAUCUUCAAGAAGACUUCGACAGCAAGUUGGCAAACGAGACGCAGAAGCAUGAGACAAAUUUGGAGGAUUUAAAAGAGCAGUUGGAAAAAUCCGAACAGAGGAGAAAAGAACUAGAAGAUCGUCUCAAAGGACGUGCCAUCGAUAGUGACAAGGCAAAAGUCUAUGAGGAUGAAAGAGGUGUUAGGAGUGGCCAAGAGGACGAGGCUUAUGGAAAGGAACUGAGGUCCGUAAAGAAAACCUUAGAGGAAGAAUAUGAUAAGAAACUGAAAGAGGAGAAACGUAAGUUUGAAGAAACACUGCAGGGCUUAAGGCGAGAAAUUGGAAACCUGCAAGAAAAGCGACGACUUAUUCAAGAUAAGAUAUACAACCAGGAUCCUUCCCUUGUAGACAGGAAUUUGGUAGAGAAAAGCAUUGCUAAUUACAAGAUGGAGAUACUGUCUAAAAUGGAAGAAGAAGUUGCACAAAAAAUAGCUCGAGAGAAAAAGUCUCUUGAAGAGACAAUCAGUGAACAACAGUUAGAAAUCGAUGAACUGAAGAGGCAACGCUGGGAGCUGAGGAACCAGUUGAGGCGAGAUCGUAGCAGGUUAGAAGAAGAGUUUGAACUAGAAAAGGAAAGAAUGGAAAACCAGUUCUUAAAGGAAAAGGAAGACCUGAAGAACAAGCUUGAGGCAAGAUUACAACGGGAGAUGACAAAGAGGACAGAAAAAGUCAAUAGGGCAAUAAGUCCCAUCUUUACCGAAUCCCCUUACAGCCCACAAGACUCCCCUAGGAGGCUGAGAUCGGAAAAUUUGGCCCUCAGAGACGACAAUCAACGCUUGGAGCUAGAAAUGAGGCAAUUAACAAGCCAACUGCAAACUUUGGAAUCCAACUUUCAAGAAAUCAUGUCUUCAGAAAGGACGAAGGUUGAAAAAAUGAAGAGAAUUCAAGAAAGAAUGCCCAAGAAGGUUACCUUCUCAGACGAGAUAGAAACAAGGAGCUUGGGUGACACCGCUAGUGAUCCUAAUGAAACUGUGCUGCAAGAACUACGCCACAGAGAUUCUCAAGUCAGAGAAUUGUUGGAACAAAAACACUUUUAUGAGGAAGUUCUGUCUGAGCUCUGCGAAGAAGCUGGGCUCUUUGAACUUGACCAGAAUGUUGUAAUUUAACAGAAAUAAUAUCGAUAUUUUACUUGUGGAUGAAGGGCACAAUUCUAUAUUGUAUAUAUUUUAGUUGUGUGUUAUUAUAUUGAUCACCAGCUCGUAAUUCCAGUGAUAUCGGAGCUAAGUUUAUUUUACCAAAUACUCAAACUUAGCUUUCAUUUGGCAAAAAAGCAAUGAUAACUAAAAUGUUUGUUAUCUACUUCAAGGAAGAUACGCUUGUUUUGCUGAAAUCGCACUUGUGUGCAAGUAUUUGUUAUAAAAUGCGAGUAUACAAUUUUUUGUCAAAUUGCUAGACGUGCAACCUAACCAAAAUAAAUAGUACCGUUAACGUGAAACCUGUAGCGCGAGCAACUGAAAAUUGUAACCAUGCUUAGUUGUACAUUGUGCUUUCAUUAGUUUUUUACCUUUAAAAAAAAUUAUUCCAGAAUUGACACUAAAAAGGAACAAGGAAAGACAAAGAAACCAAUUAAUCCUUUUGGGGAUCCAUAUAUCACCAUUACGAAUGUCUCAAUUUGUUUACUCCAUUAUUUGAAUGAAAAAUUUAUGCUGAAAUUUGUUUUCGAUAAAAAGUGACAAUUUGUAAGCAGCUUAUUUCACGAUAAUAAUUAAAAAUAAAAUUUUCAAGGACAUCUUAUCUUAUCAUCAGUCUUGUAAUAUUCAAAUCCUUAAUUAGUUUGGUUCGAGUCAGACCUGUAUAAUGUGUAUUAUACACUAGUGUGAAGAAAUAGGAGACUAGGUGUAAGUAGCGUAUAGGUUUUUAGUCGUUUAAUUAAAUUGGUGUCAAUUAAAGUUCAUUUAAGC